UUUAAUUAUUUUACACUAUUCUCUUAUGGAUUUCUCGUCUCAGACUUCCACUACCCCUAUACCUCUCUCAGAGUCGGUUGGGGCACUGAACAACUGGAUCAAAUUUUGGAUCCUGAUAUUCUCCACAGUAAAGUCUUACACAGACGACUACUGUGCUUGGCUCCCUAACCGCAUGUCUCCUCAGCUUCUCAGGUUAGCGGUUCAGCGGGUAGCAUCCCAGAAGUGUACGGAGCUUACACAGCUACCGCACUUCCGGUUUUCUUCUUCCUCACUGCAGGUAGCAGUUUCAGACUAACCGCGCGGGUCUGUGCAUUGGCGCCAAAUCUGACGUACAUUGCGUACGCUACUACGCGGCCGCCAUUUUGUUUCUUUAGCGUGUCGGCAGCAGGCGCUCCCGCAGAAGACACGGACAGCGGUUUAGCUACAGCGAUCAUUCAGGACGGCUUACUCAGCUUGUAGAUACAGUAUCAUGGACACUGAAGGUGUACUAGAAGACCUCAGAAAAGAUAUGUCUAGUGCCAUCUCUACACCAAAGGCCAAAAAGGCCACAGGCAAACGAACCCAUACCCAAUUCAAAAAGUGCAAGAAAUGUAAACAUACAUUACGCAAAGGGGAAGAUAGCAUAUGUCUGGACUGUGCAGAUCCACUUGAUUCAGCGCCAGUCUUAUCACCUCACCCAAUUCUGUCCCAGGAUAUUGAGGAGACUCCUCAAAUAAAUGCAGCACCACAACAAAAUCCUUCAACUUCAUCUAAAACACCUCAAAUCGAAGAAUUAUUUGACUGGAUUAAGUCCACUAUUCAAUCGUCAGUCAAUAAAAUACCGCCUCACGGUAAGAAAAGGAAACCCCAACUACGGUUAGACACGGAGUCUUCAGAUUCCAGUACUAACAGUGAUCAGGAUAGUGACCCAGAACCAGGGGAACUUUCUGUUAGCGAAGUGUCUUCGGACGAAUCAGACAAUGAGCAUCAAUAUCGCUCUAUUGCAGGCCCUGACAUAGCCAAACGCUUAUUACGGGAAAUGCUAGCCACUUUAGAAAUCAAAGAUGAGACCACUGCUACUUCCAAAGCUGACAAGGUCUUAGGAGUGCAACCCAAAAAAUCUAGAGUUUUUCCUGUGUUUAGAUCUGUAGCACAGAUUAUUGACAACGAGUGGUCAAAACCUGAUCACAGACUCACGCUCACACAGCGCUUCCUUAGCACCUACCCUAUCCCUGCGGAUCACCAAAAGGUCUGGGAUAGGGCACCCAAGGUAGAUUCAGCAAUUGCCAGAUUAUCCAAAAAUACCACACUACCUACUGAAGAUGCUGCUUUUAAGGAUCCGAUGGAUAAGAAGAUGGAAGCUUCCCUGAGGAAAGGCUACACACACGCCACAGCUAUCCUCCGACCAGCGGUAGCUUCAGCUGGUUUAGCACGUACAGCUCGUUUCUGGUGUCAGGAGCUACUACACAAGCCCUUACCACCUGAGGAGUUACAGGAGGAACUACAACGUCUUAGUUCCGCUUUGGCCUUUUUAUCUGACGCAGCUAUGGAUACAGUAAAACUGGCAGCCAAAACUAGUGUCGACACAACAGUUGCCAGAAGAGCACUUUGGUUGCGACAAUGGACUGGAGAUACAGCGUCCAAAACCAGGUUGAUUAAUCUCAAGUAUACGGGUGAUACGCUUUUUGGACCCGAUUUAAAGCAAAUUAUAACAGAAGUUACGGGGGGCAAAAGCACCUUCUUACCGUCAGGUAAACGGCCUAGACAAGAAUCUUCCAGUAGGCCAUAUAAUAGACAAUGGAACUCCCAAAACCGUUCCUUUCGACCCUUUCGUAACUCCAAUUUUCGGUCCUCGCAAACCGGUACGGACUCGAAGAAGGGCAGACCCGCUUGGUCUAACCAACCACGGCAGCAUCGGAAACCAGGUCCCCCCAAGACCACUUCCACCUGA